AUGUCGAAGCAGCGAAGUGGCUACAGUGUAUUGGUGAGAAAUCUGUUGGAAACCACCACUCCUGAAUUAGUGAGGGAAACAUUUGAGAAGUUUGGUGAGAUUCGAGAUGUUUAUUUACCCACAGACUUUUUCACCCAUAAACCAAGAGGAUUUGGUUUUGUGGAGUUUUACAAACUAGAAUCUGCCAAGGAGGCUGUCAAGGAAAUGGAUAACAAGACUAUCGACGGUGCCACCGUUUCUGUUACUCCGGCGCAAGACCGAAGGAAAUCUCCUGAAUCUAUGCGUCGUUUUUCUUCUCGUAAUCAAGGAUCCCAUAUUCCCUAUGGCAAAAGUCACGACGGUAGGCCAAUGGAAGGGAGGGCAAGGGAACGACCAGAUUGGAGAGACCACCCCCAAAACUACGAUUCGCACUAUAACCGAAGGGAUAGGUUCGAAUCCUACUACAGAAGUCCUAGAAGCCUGAGUAUGGAUAGGUACAAUAGGUACAACGGCGACAGAGUUAGCAGAUAUGACUUGGAUGAUAGGCCCGGGAGAUAUGAUAGUAGGAGGCCUUAUGCAAGGGACGGUGACAGAUAUGGCAGUAGGGAUGAUAGGAGGUAUGAAGGCUCAAGGGGUAGUAGGCAUUAUGACAGACAUGAAAACUAUGAAGACAAGUGGAUGGGUGGUGAUGCAAGGAGAUAUGGCAAUAGGCCCAGAGGGGAGAGGGAGAGAUUUCAGUAUCCUUCAAGGGGUAGAAGAUAUGCAGCCAGGCACGGUGGCUAUGAGGAUAGGGGUAGAGACAAUGCACGUGACGAUAGACCAAAAGGAGAUAGGGACCUGGGUAUGAACUUGGACAACGAGGCACCGCCUACGGAUGGGGCUCGUGACUGCGCAAAUGAACGCCCCAAAUCUGAGUAA